UUUAGUUCCUUAGACUUGAGGGCGUUGCAAGACAACGUAGACUUCACUUGUUAUUCGUUUCGGUAUAGGCCAUAUUUACGGAUUAUUCCUUGAACGUUGUUUAAUUUCAUUAUAAUUUUUGUAAUAUUUUCGUUUUCUUUCUGAUGUACAUUUUGAAAAUAACGGGUUAAGCGUAGCAAAUGAACGUGCAUACCUUCCAGCAAAAACUGUCAUUUGCGUACGCAAAUUGAACGAUAUCGUGUGAUCUCUAACCUUUAAAUUAAUAAUUUAAAUAAAUCUAUAAUAUAAUCCACCAAUACAAUUCAAAGCGUUUCAAAAUGAAAGUCACAAUAAAAAGCUGGACAGGUGUUGCCACCUGGCGUUGGAUAGCGAACGAUGAUAAUUGCGGAAUUUGUCGGAUGCCUUUCGAUGCGAGUUGUCCUGACUGCAAAAUUCCAGGGGAUGACUGUCCUUUAGUUUGGGGCCAGUGCUCGCAUUGUUUCCAUAUUCAUUGCAUCAUGAAGUGGCUGCAUUCUCAGCAAACCAGUCAUCUAUGCCCUAUGUGUCGUCAAGAAUGGAAGUUCAAAGAGUAAAUGUUUUCUCGAUGUUCCCGCAGGUGUCAGCACGCACCAAAUAAUCAGGUAUUCGACGACGACGACGACGAUGAAGACACACGUGACCUAUAAUACGAGCGUCUGAUUUGCGUGCUUUGCACGCGUGUUUUACAAGUUACUUUUCUUGUUAGUAAGGAGGAAAUGAUUCCUUUUAGGUAUCACGAUACUAAUUACUUCAAUUGUAUCUUCUAAUUUUGGAUAGUCUUGAAAAUUCGAUAAGAUAACGCACUUAAACAUUACAAAGAAACGCGUAUUUAAAUACAAAUACACGUGUAAAUUGAUAAAUUAAAUAAAUUCAGAACAAAAUAUUGACAAAAACAAUUAAGAAAUGAUUCAACGUUUAAGCAAAAAAAAAAAAGAAGCAAUAAAAGGAAACAUUGUAAUUCAGUCAUCAUCAUCAUCAUCCGCAAGUCAUGUUGUAAUCGUUCGUGUAACGCAUUGUUUUAAAGAAACAAUAAAUAUUCUUUCGAGACAGAGAACUGUUAAUUAUUUCGUACGUUUUCAAGGCCAAAUCUAUGUGCAUAUAUUCUCUUAUAUUAUAUAUGAAUGUAUCGUCUUAAACGAAUCGCGUUGCAUUAGGAAUGAAAUAUGAUCCUGCUUUGUAAUAUUCUAACGAGGACUUUACACGAAUCUUUUACAAUUGAUCGAAAAUGAGAAUUACGAAGAAAGUUCAAGCAACUUGUGAAAGUUUUAUAUCGAUGAGCGAAGGUAAGGACAAACAACUGUGAUCAGAAAAUAUUUUAUUCAUGAAAAAAAGAAUAUAUUUCAGUUGUUUAUGAUUCAUAAAGAGAAGAACCCGGGGCAAAGAGAAAACAUGUACAGCACUGGAACGGCGGCUGGCAGGUCGGCAUGGUGGAGGUAGAGGUAGAGGUAGAGAUAGAGGUAGAGGUAGAGGUAGAGGUAGAGGUAGAG